AUGGAGACCUCAAUCUCCUAUCUCGCCCAGGACCCUAUUUUUGACAUCGAGAAGCCAUUUGAUACCCACGUAACUGUGACUGUGUAUCCCGUCACCGACCCUGACAAAUGGGAUCUGGAGAAGCACGGGUUCUGCUUCGUCCGCGCCAGAACAAACUUGAAGGCGGAGGAUGCGUUCACCAGGAAGAGGGAGGCGCAGAAGGAUUAUUGGUACGAGAUUGAGGCCGUGUUGCACGAGAGGUUCCCGCAGUAUUCGAGGAUCGAGUGUUACGAUUGUACGGUUCGAAAGAGAGACCCCGACUUUCCUGCCAACAUCAGGAUCUAUACCAACGUCGAGCAGCCGGCGCCCCGACCACAUAGCGACUGCACCCCAAGGGGCGCGCAUCUGAACCUGAAGCGCGCAUUCCCAAACCAGGAGAGAUAUUGGGAGGGCAAGGAUUUUGACAUUUUGAAGUAUGCACUAACUGCCCGGCCUGUGAACGGCGUCUGGAGACCCCUUCGAGGCCCAAACAACGACUGGCCCUUGGCAAUGUGCGACUUUACAACCAUCGACCCUUCAGCCGACGUUCGCGUCAACGAUGCCAUCAGACGAGAUCGGGUGGACGAGAAUGCAAUUCUUCAUUUCAACGAGAAACACAAAUGGUAUAUCAUGAAGGACCAGUCGGAGGACGACUUGAUCGUCUUCCGAAAUGCUGAUUCUCUGGGAAAACGUGCUCAGGGCUUCCACUGUUCGGUCUUCAAUCCAGAGGCGGGCGGCCAGUUGCGGGAGAGUGUCGAGGUGAGGUGCGUUGCGUUUCGUUGA